AUGGCCUUGCAGGCUGCUAUGUCCGCUUUUAUGGUUGGUUCUGAAGUUUGGGUGGCGGAUCCAGAUGAUGCUUGGAUAGAUGGGGAAGUGUUAGACAUUAAUGGGGACGAGAUUAAAGUAAAGUGUACAUCAAAUAAGACAAUUGUGGCCAACACAUCUAGUGCCCAUCCCAAGGACCCUGAAUUUCCUCCAACUGGUGUUGAUGAUAUGACAAAGCUAGCAUAUUUGCAUGAACCUGGGGUUUUGCAGAAUUUAAAAUGUCGAUACGAUAUUAAUGAAAUAUAUACCUACACAGGAAGCAUAUUGAUUGCUGUAAAUCCUUUUCAAAGGCUGCCACAUUUAUACAACCUUCAGGUGAUGCAAAAGUACAAAGGGGUAGCUCUGGGUGAGCUCAGCCCACAUCCAUUUGCUGUUGCAGAUUCUGCCUAUAGACAGAUGAUAAAUGAAUCAAUUAGCCAAGCAAUUUUGGUAAGUGGUGAAAGUGGAGCUGGUAAAACAGAGAGUACAAAGAUGCUUAUGCGCUAUCUAGCCUAUAUGGGAGGUAGAGUUGACAAUUCAGAGGAGCGGUCUGUGGAGCAGAAGGUCUUAGAGUCUAAUCCUGUUCUAGAAGCUUUCGGCAAUGCGAAGACUGUCAGAAACAAUAAUUCAAGCCGCUUUGGCAAGUUUGUGGAACUUCAGUUUGAUCAUAGGGGAAGAAUUUCUGGAGCUGCAAUAAGAACUUAUUUGCUAGAACGAUCUCGUGUUUGCCAAGUGUCUGAUCCAGAGAGAAAUUAUCAUUGCUUUUAUAUGCUUUGUGCUGCACCAAAGGAGGAUGUUGACAAGUACAAGUUGGGAAAUCCAAAAACUUUUCAUUACUUAAACCAGUCAAAUUGCAUUGAGCUAGAUGCUAUAAAUGAUGCUGAAGAGUAUCUUGCAACUAGGAGAGCUAUGGAUGUGGUUGGGAUGAAUCAGGAAGAGCAGGAUGCAAUAUUUCGAGUUGUGGCUGGAAUUCUACAUUUAGGAAAUGUUGAGUUUGCUAAGGGAGAAGAAAUAGAUUCUUCUAAACCCAAGGAUGAUAAAUCUCGGUCCCAUCUAAAAACUGCUUCAGAACUUUUCAUGUGUGAUGAGAAGGCUCUUGAAGAGUCCUUAUGUAAACGUGUUUUUGUCACUCGUGAUGAGACCAUUACAAAAGCGCUGGAUCCAGAUGCUGCAGCUCUCAGUAGAGAUGCUUUGGCCAAAAUUGUUUAUUCAAAAUUAUUUGACUGGCUUGUGGAGAAGAUAAAUGUUGCUAUUGGUCAGGAUAUGAACUCAAAAUUCUUGAUCGGUGUUCUUGAUAUUUAUGGAUUUGAGAGUUUCAAGACAAACAGUUUUGAGCAAUUCUGUAUCAAUUUGACAAAUGAAAAGCUACAACAGCAUUUUAAUCAGCAUGUUUUUAAGAUGGAGCAGGAGGAAUAUGAAAGAGAAAAAAUUGACUGGAGUUAUAUAGAAUUUGUUGAUAAUCAAGAUAUUCUUGAUCUUAUUGAGAAGAAACCUGGUGGCAUCAUAGCUCUUCUUGACGAGGCUUGCAUGUUUCCCAGAUCAACGCAUGAGACGUUUGCUCAAAAGCUUUAUCAGACUUUUAAAGACAAUAAACGCUUCAGUAAGCCUAAGUUGUCACGCACUGACUUCACCAUUUGUCAUUAUGCUGGUGAUGUGACAUACCAGACCGACCUCUUCCUGGACAAGAACAAAGAUUAUGUUGUUCCAGAGCAUCAAGCCUUACUGGCUGCUUCAAAGUGCUCUUUUGUUUCAAGCUUGUUUCCUCCUUUACCUGAGGAAUCUUCCAAAUCAUCGAAGUUUUCUUCAAUAGGUUCUGCCUUCAAGCAACAACUCCAAUCUUUGCUCGAAACAUUGAAUUCCACUGAACCACACUAUGUUCGUUGUGUAAAGCCUAAUAAUGUUCUUAAGCCAGCAAUAUUUGAAAACAAUAAUGUACUACAACAACUUCGAUGUGGGGGAGUGAUGGAGGCAAUUAGAAUUAGUUGUGCUGGAUUUCCCUCCCGAAAGCAGUUUCAUGAAUUUACAGAACGAUUUGCCAUAUUGGCUCCAGAGGUUCGAAGCAAGAGUGAUAAGAUCGCUGCUUGCAAAAAGAUUCUGGAGAAGAGUAACCUCGGUGGUUAUCAGAUUGGUAAAACAAAAGUUUUUCUUAGAGCUGGUCAGAUGGCCGAACUAGAUGGUCAACGAGCUGAGAUUUUGGGAAGAUCAGCAACGAAAAUACAGAGAAAAUGCUGUACAUAUAUGUGCCGCAAAAAGUUUGUCUCAUUGCGAUCAUCUUCCAUACAAGUUCAAGCUUUCUGUAGGGGACAACUGGGGCGCCAUCUAUAUGAGGGAAUGAGAAGAGAAUCUGCUAGUCUGAAUAUUCAAAAAUAUACACGCAGGUUUAUAAAAAGGAAAGCAUACAAGAAUUUGUGGUUCUCAGCCGUUUCCAUUCAGGCAGGUUUUCGUGCGCUGAGUUCCCGUAAUGAGCUUCGGUUCAGGAAGCAGACUGUGGCUGCAAUUGUAAUUCAGAGUCAAUGUCGACGAAAAUUGGCCAACAGUCGUUACCGUGGGGUAAAGGAAGCAACACUUGUCAUACAAUGUGCCGUGAGAGCAAGCAUUGCAUGUGGAGAAUUACAUCAGCUAAGAAUGGCUGCCAAGGAAACUGGUGCACUCCAAGAAGCCAAGGAAAGGCUGGAACAGGAAGUUAAAGAACUUAAGUUGAAGGCUGCCAAGGACACUGGUGCAUUCCAAGAAGCCAAGGAAAAGCUGGAACAGCAAGUUAAAGAACUUAAGAUGCAGGCUGCCAAGGAAACUGGGGAAGUCCAAGAAGCCAAUGAAAAGCUGGAACAGCAAGUUAAAGAACUUACAAGCAGCUUACAGACAGAGAAACAAUUGAGGGCUGACCUUGAGGAAUCCAAAAAUCAAGAAAUUGCAAGGUUACAAUCUGCUUUGGAGAAGACACAAGUUGAGUUGCAGCAAACAAAGGAAAUGCAAACGGAGGUCUCUGUUACUAAUGAUGAAUCGAUGAAUAAAACUGCUGCAGAAAAUGAAGGGCUGAAAGAAAGAAAAGAAUUGCCAACCAAGGAAGGUGAAUCUGCAAGCAGCACUGCUGAACAAGUUGCUGGGACUCAGGAGGUCCCAGUUAUUAAUGAUGAAUUGAUGAAGAAACUUACUGCAGAAAAUGAACAGUUGAAGACUCUGGUAAGUUCAUUAGAACAGAAAAUUGGUGAAACAGAGAAGAAAUACGAAGAAUCAAGCAAGCAGGCAAUGGAGGCAGAGUCAAAGAUAAUUAAGCUAAAAACAGCAAUGCAGAGGCUUGAAGAGAAGAUUUUGGACAUAGAAACUGAUGACCAGGUUCUGCGAAAGCAAGCAUUGAUGAGUGCAUCUACAAAAAGUAUGAACGCGGAUAAUAUGGUUUUCUCUUUUCUAUUCUUUUUGUUCAAGUAUUUGUAUCACAUGAAGUUUCUAGGGACUAAAUUUAUCACUUAUUCACAGGAAAAUGUAGAUAAUCUACUCGCAUGUGUGUCACAAAAUCUUGGAUUCAGUCAAGAAAAGCCUGUAGCAGCAUUUACAGUAUACAAAUGCCUUCUCCAUUGGAAAUCAUUUGAAGCAGAAAAGACAAGUAUAUUUGACCGUCUUAUUGAGAUGAUUGGCUCUGCACUAGAGGAGCAGGACACCAAUGAUCACAUGGCAUAUUGGCUAUCGAACACCUGUUCAUUGUUGUUUUUGCUUCAGCGUAGUUUGAAAUCCUCUGGUGCAGACAAACCUGCUGCAACAUCAAUAUUUUCAAGGAUGACCCAAAGUUUUCGCUCAUCUUCUACCAAUCUUCCAGUUGGUGUAAUUCAACUGGUUGAGGCCAAGUAUCCAGCUCUUCUUUUUAAGCAGCAGCUCACAGCAUAUGUAGAAAAGAUCUUUGGAAUCAUUAGGGACAACCUGAAAAAGGACUUGUCAUCGCAUAUUUCUAAUUGUAUUCAGGUACCUAUAGCUUCAAAAAUAUCUGAAGAAUCAGAAGACGAUACUUCUCCUGCCAGUCACUGGCAGAACAUCAUUGAAUGCCUGAACCAGAUGCUGGCUAAAUUAAAAGAAAAUUUUGUGCCCCCAAUACUUGCUCAGAAGAUUUUCACUCAGAACUUUGCAUAUAUGAAUGUACAGCUCUUUAAUAGCCUUCUUCAGCAUCCAGAGUGCUCCACGUUUAGCAAUGGGGAAUAUCUGAAGUCUGGCUUAGAUGAAUUGGAAAAAUGGUGUGCCGAAGCGAAAGAAGAGUAUGCUGGCUCAUCAUGGGAUGAACUAAAGCACACAAGGCAAGCAGUUGGAUUCCUGAUUAUGCAUGAGAAGUCGAAAAUAUCGUAUGACGAAAUAACAAAUAACCUCUGCACUAUUCUGAGUGUCCAACAAUUUUAUAAAGUAUGUACCCUUUACAAUGAGGGCAACAACAAUGAAGGUGUUUCAACAGAUGUCAUUUCCCAGAUGAAACUUCUUAUGACAGCUGACUCUGAUCAAAACGAUGAUGGCAGCUCCUUUUUAUUGGAUGAGGAUUCUAGCAUUCCUUUCUUGGUGGAGGACAUCACUGAUUCCAUGAAAAUACAAGAAUUUGCAGAUGUAAAACCCACUACUGAACUUGCUGACAAUCCUGAAUUCCAAUUUUUACUGGAAUAAGACACCGUAU